AGAAAUCAAUCUCCUUUAAUGCUUUAGACCGAUUGGUUAAAAUUUAACAAUACCUUCGUCAGAGCUCGGAAUAUAUCCGCAGAUCUAUGAAUACGCCCCCUUUGGGCAGUGCUUUCAGCAAACCGCUUGCGAGUACAGGAAGAGAAAACCAGAACAAACAUACAUACAGUGCUGCUGAAGACAAGCUACACAGAAGAAAUGAAGAUCAGAGUGUCUUGGCGCACUUAUUGAUGUUACGAAUUUAGAUACAUAAAAAAGACCAUUCUCGUCGCUGGGCUAAUUUUAUAUUAUGAUUGCACAGGUGUAUUUCUUGCAUAUACGUUUCCCUUGCAGUAUACCGUUUUAACUGUAUUCCUCUUACUACUGAUAAUGAAGAAUGAUGAAAAUGGUGCGCAUCGAAAGCUGGACAUGUUGUUCGCAUAUACAUAACAACGUUACAAGACGCUGGCUCUUGUCUGUGACACCUCACGUUCUAGAUGCACUACAGUUUAAAGAAUCAGCUGCAUGCUGGUGAAUGAAGGAACCCAAAAAAGGGGAUAAAGGCAACUUUGUGUUGUCAGCAGGGGUAAUCAUGGGACCCAGUCUUCUGGACCGUCCUGCACCAGCCUUGAAAAAAGGAUUUACAAAGGAGCGAAACCGCAGUAAAGUCACUGCAGUCAACAACACUACAUCAAGUUCUAAAAAGGGAAAAAGCAAUUUGAAUCAUCGAGCCUCAAAGAAACCAAGUGCCCAGUCAAAGAACAGCGUGUCCCGUCAGAUCAAGGAUCUUUCACAAGGGCCAGAGCGAGCCUCCCAAAGGAGAGGGUGUCGGCUUAAACCUGGAAAUAUGUCUGCCACAGAAAAUGUCCCAGUGGAGCAGGGAAAAAAAGAAGAGGGCCCUGAAGAGUUAUAUCUGAAACAACCAGUUUAUUGUUCCUCAAGAGCAUCUGUGGUAUCUGAAUUUCUUGAGAUGCCCAAAGAUAAACAAGAGAGCAGUGAUUCUUCUCCAGGACCCAGUAGAAAGGGAUCAAAGAUGUUUCUUCAGUUGCUUCCUUCUACCUCUGAAAAGCAUCUUGCACCAGAAUUGCAGGUACCCAGCUUGGAGACACUAAGGCUGUAUGAAGAAGAGGAAGGUGAAGUGGACAGUGCCAGUGACCUCUCUGACUCUGAGCGACUACCAGUGCCUCCUUCACCAUGCUCCCCUCCAGAACUUCAUCUGCGAGCAGAAGUUUUUGACCCUAAUGACCUUGAUUCAUACCCUAGUAAUUCUAGAGGCUUACAGGGCGGCUAUGACUAUCCUGAUUUUCUACCUUCUCCUUUUAAUACUUGGAGCCUGCGUCAACUGGCAGUCUUUCUAAACACAGAGGGGAGACAGGCCCCACGCCCACAGCCUGUAGGACACCUAGAAAGGUACUUAGAGCGACUUCUACAGCUAGAAUGGCUUCAAAUCCAGACUGUGCAAGCAGAGAACAGCAAAUCAUCUACUGCAACCACAUCUACUAGUCGUACAAGGCCCCACACUGCCCCUCCUGGGUACCUCAGCUCACCUAAAACCCUACGGCAGUGCCAGCGUACCUUUCCAAUAGCCUUUCUGUCCUGCUUAGGAAGCUCUUCUUCAGCACAGUUGUCCCAGGCAGCUUGUCCAUAUUGUCGUGUCCGCUACCCAUUUUGUAAUGGUGCCUGUCGAUCGUACGCCUACCAGCGACACUCCCGUUUCAGCCUUGCCCAAGAGCGCAGUUUUGCUACAGGCACUCCUCAAAGAAGGAGCAGCAGUGAGACUAGAACCAGUAUGAAUCGGAAAGCUGUCAGUACAUUUGAAGCACAGAAACCAGGGAGCUCCACUGCAGGGAGUAGUCAUCUGAGUCGAAUGCAGUCUGCUGGCAACAUCAGAUGCCCUCCACAUUCACCAACAAUGAUGAGCCCUUCUAAGUCACAGACUGCAUCAAAAAAUACUAGCAUUGAGGGUUUAGCCAGUAAGAAUGGAAAGGGACGAAGUGGGGACUAUGCAGGAGCCUGCAGUAAGGUAAGAGAAACAAGUCCAUUGCGGAGGCAAGGAAAUGAACGGCAAAAGUCUCUGAAACAAGUCACCCGUUUGCUGGAGAAAGAGCCUUCAACAAAUUCAGUCGAGUCUCCAUGUAACAAGGUCAAUGGAAGGGUGAAGCAUGUCCAGUUUCUCACUAAAUGAAUCAAGCAGAGGUGUCUUGAGGUACACAAGAAGUGGUUCUCAUAUCCAAAUGAUUACCACAUUUUUAAUUGUUGUUCUAUUAUAAUUGCUCAUAAGCCUCCAAAUGAGUCCACAAUAAAAAGUAAUUUCAUUCACCUUCGAACUGUACUACCUUGUAGCAGGGCUUUCAAGUGGAAACAAAGUCAAUGUAUAUUUAAAUACAUCUUACCUGCCAUUUGUUUCCAUGGGAGACUGAAAUCAACUUGUACUUUAAAAUGCUAAAUAAUGUUUUGCUUAUUCUGCUGGACACUUAGUACUUUAAUAUUUCUCUUCAUGCAGAGAAAUCUAUGCAUUGUUAGAUACUCAAGAUACUAAAAAGCAACUAAGGCUUCCAUUGAUCAUUUUAUUUUUUGUCAGUGUAAAAAAGAAUUCUUCGCAAUGUUUUCCUUCUUGUACAGUACUGUUCUGGUGCAGUUAGCAUGGACAUGCAGGUAUUUUUUUUAAUGUUUCAUUACAUUAUCUAUCCAUUCUAAGAGUAGAUUAAGCAGAUAACUACACAGAAGUACUGUAGGUUUACACAGUCUGGGCAGAGUGAUCCAUUUGAUUAGUACUUCAAAUCAAAUCAGGUAAAAUACAAGGUCUCAUGAUAAUCUGGACCUUGUAGCAAAGAACUGUGAUAGAGCAGGAAAAGACAACUGAAGUAAUAAUGAGGAAUCUUAUAUUUGAAAAAAGUCUUCUUUUACACAACAAUACCUGUGCUUGUUUUAGACGAGCUUUUGGCAACCGUGUGCAAUUAUGUUCAAAGGCAAUGCCCAAGAAAAGUUUCUUUUAUUACUGGAAAAUGUAGAACUUCUGUAAAGAUACUCUAUGAGUGGAAUAGGGGUGUAAAUGUUUGUGUUGCCAUUCAUCUUUACACUCCCUGUGUGGAGUUUGCACAUUCUCCUCAUUUCCAUGUGGGCUUUCCAUUAUACAUAUUAGUUUCCUCCGAAGUUUCAAACAUGUGUUUGUUACUCUAAAUGGAUUUGGACUGAUUGGAUGUGGGUGUAUGCAUGAGUGUGCUAAGAGAUGGACUUCAGGUCUGUCUAGGCUUGGUUUCUGCUUUGUGUCCAAUUCGGCUGGCAGACUAUACAAGACCCUACAAUAGAAAUGGGUGGAUAGAUCAGUAGAGUUAUCCACUUUGGAAAAAGAUGUACUUUACCUGGGUGGCCGUAACAAGCUGAGUAUCAUGUGUUAUCAUGUGACAUAUAACCCCAGUCAUGAUGUAUGUUAUAACUGUUAUAUAAAGUAUAUCGAUCAAGAUUCUGAUUCUCAUUUUAAUUACUAGCUAGUGCAUUUAAUCCAUAUCUUACAAUAGCUCUAGAGCACACAGAGCCAGCAAACUGAUCUUUAUUUUCUAUAAAACCUUUCAUUGAGAGCACUAUUUCAAAGCACUUUAUAGAUCAGUUUCAAAAAACAGUGAAAAAUUAAUCAAAUAAUGCAAUAUACACAUGUUGUAAAAGAGCACAUAAAGUAAUACAUGAACAUCUAAAUGAUAACAUAUCGGAGAAGGCAAUAAGUUAAAAGGAAACACAAACCUUAGUGGAAAACAGUUUCAGGGAGUAGAUGCCACAAAGCUGAUGUAGCAUUUUUUAAGAGGGUGCAAUACUCCGAACAUUUAGGAGAGCCCCUUCUAUUGCACAUUUUGUUACAAUGUCAUAGACAUGGAUAGCUAUUCAGAAAUCUUGUAGUGGGCAGAUGAGGAGUAGGGUAUAAAAUAUACCCAAUGACAAUUGUAAAAAGUCCCUGGACUCUGGAAAUCUGAUGGGACCAUUUGGCUUGUGCCAGAACCUUAGCAGCAGUAUCAUUUUAAAACAGGUAAAGACCGAUUAGACUUCUUCCAUAGACUGUGAGGUUUGGGAUGCCUAUGUACUGUUACAGUUAAAACUGGAUUCUAUGAUUAACAUGAAGCUUUUCAGGCAUUAUCUAUUCGUGCAGUUGCUUCUAGACAGACUCAAGAUGUGCUAACACCUAUUCUAAUAAACACAAGGCAACAGUAAAGCCUUGCACAUACAUUAGGUACUCUGUGACUAGGGUGAUCAAUUCCCAAAUUCCAUCUAUCCAUCCAUUUUCCAACCCGCUGAAUCCGAACACAGGGCUGUGGAUAUAAUCUUCAAUCAGAUUAUGCGGAAAAUGUAAAAUACACCUUUAUUUGUGAAAUAUAAAUAUACCAUUGAUUUGAGUGUUGUAGGAUAAUAAAUUAACCUGAUCAUGGGUGACUUGUUGAAACACAAUUCAAUAAAAUCAUAUCAGCUCAAGGCAUGUUAUUUUAAACUGCCCAAUUAACAACAUUACAGAAAAGACAAAGAUGGGUAACAAAUGCCUUGGAUAUAACAUAUUCAUUAAAGAGAUGUAGAGCGGUAAACACAUUGUAUUUGGCCUAGGUACUGUAGGCACUUUCAAGUAGAAUUAAAAUAAUGGGAUUGUAACACCUCCUAUAAAGGUUAUAGAAUUGGAAACAAAUACAGUUUUUUUUUUUUACCUCCUCUUUGCUCGAUCAGCUGCUGGCUUGCUGCUGUGCUGCGUGAGUUUGAACAUUUAAAAGCCUGUACAGCAGCUGUUUUUGUCCUCUACUCUUUAUCUUUUAUUUCUGGCCCCGGGCAUGGUUAAAUCUCUUGGCACAAACUCUUGUUUCGCAGGACGCGAGUUCUUGAUAUUUUUUAGUUUAUAAGAACUUGAAAAUCUAACAACAUCACAUUAAAGUUCAAUAAACUAUGAAAAGAAUGAUACCAAACAUAUAUAUGUAGGUUUUAAAAUAAGUCCAAAUUAAAGCGUGACAAAAAAGUGACAUAAAAACAUCACAUAAAAUCGUUGCACUUUUAGACUUAGGAUUUUAUAUAUAUAGCGUAGAUAAUACUGUAUAUUUCCAAUUAUGUGCACAGUAGGCAGCAACUGGAUUGUUUUGUUUUUGCUCCUACAUUAUGGUAAACCUGUUAUUUUCUUGCAUUUAUUGUCAUGCCAGUCCUUAUAUUGUGACAUAGACUUAGUUGUUUCCUUAAAAUGCUUGUUUCCUUAAAAUGCCGGACUUUCAUUUCAGGCCUGACUGUUGCUUUUCCAGGUUCCAAUAAGUGAAGAAUGGGUCAGGUUUUGACUCUCACCAACUCUAUCCUUCCCUAACCACCUGUAAUUGCAUCUGAAACUAACACACACACACACACACAGUGAAUUUUAGCAACAUAUGUAGUGUAGGAACCUGAUCUUCAAAUUAAAGAUUCUAAUUUUGAAAACUGACAUACAAGAAAAAUGUGUUUAGCAAUUAGCAAUGUAGGUGUCAGUUACACCGUGGAACAACCUACAUCACUUUUUGGAAAAUGUGAAAUUGUUUAUUUUCUUGACAAAAUCUAUAUUAAGACACAUCCAUUUCCAGGCUUGUUUAUAGUCAAGUAGUUUCUAUUUUCUUAUCCUACAAUAUCAAAAAAAAUAUAUCUAAAUUUUGAUAAUAAAAAUAUAUUUUGACAGUAUGCAUAAAAGAUAUUAUCACCUUUAUUUUCAGGAUCUCCUCAGAAAAAUAAGUCCUAAAUAUACAAACACCAAAUCAACAUAUAUGUGGCACAGUGGUUAGUGCUGCUGCCUCACACUUACAGAAUCUCAACAUCGAUGUCUAGCUUGGGCAAUGUCUCUGUGAGGCCGGCACACUCUCAGCAUGUCACUUGGAACCCCAGAUUUCCUGCUACAGUCCAAAGACAUGUGUCUUAGUUUGCCCAGUAAUACUAAAUUGGUCAUGUGUAAGUGUCCAGGGCCCAAGUGCUUUGUGGUAGACUGGUGUCCCAUCCAGAGCUGGUUUCUGUAUUGCACCUGAUACUGCUGCCAUAGGUUCUGUCAUCCAGUGAUCCUAAAAAAGAACAACUGGGUUUGGAAAAUGGAUGGAUAGACCCUUUAAAAGCAUGCUUACAACCACUUGUAUUUUUUUAAAAGAAUAUGGAGCAGACCAAAUGCCAAGAGGCUGGUUAAAUGUAUAUAUGUUCCCUAUACAUUCCAUAUGCUUAUAUUUAUUACCAUUUCCUUGGUAAUUAUAUACUGUCUUCAUUGUAAUAUUUAUAAUUGUACAGUGCCUGUUGUGAUUCAGAGAUUUCCAUUUGAACCAAUAAAAAAACAUUAGCAAUUGACUUAGCUUGAACAACAUACCAUUGGUGAUCUAGCAGUCAAAAAAUGUCAUGGAAACAGUUGGUCUAACAGUAGACAUGACUGAGGCCUCUUUGCUCAACAUACGUUUCUGACUGCCAGCAUCAGGAUAACACAACUUCAGUAUUUUCUCAACAAAUAAAAGCAUUGCCAAUAAUGUCUUUCAAGGGCCCAUACCUAACCAGAAUCACAAGGUAACCUCAUUAAAUUUUAUAAUGCAGUAGUAUAUUAGAUUAUGGUGUUUGGAAAAUGAGUGCUAAUAUUUUUUUUAACUUACAACCAAUGAAUUUUGUAGAUAAACAAGUUUUAUAAUCUUUGUGAUUUCUAUACAGAAAAAAAAUAUAUAUAUAUAUUUUGUCAGGUCCUUUGUAAAGAAGAUCUGCUGAGAAUGUAUGAAUUAUGAUCCUUUGCAUCAAAUGUGACAAAUAUUUGUACUUUGUUGCUCUAAGAUAUCAAAUUGUGUUCUGUACUGGUUUGUCAUGCUCAGUAUGAAACUAGUUUUCUUGCACUUUGUUCUCAAGCUGUUAUUCAAUCAUUGUAGUAAAUUAUGAUGGUAUAAAUGUACAGUAUAUAUUGUAAUAGAAAAUGUAUAUUUUGGUGUGCUCUUUGAAUAAUUUCGAUGAAUGAAAAUGUGUUUCUUUACUUUAACGCUUUACAAAUAUAGCAAGCUAUUUGUUUGUGGUAAUUAGGGUGACUUUUGGGAAUUCCUAAUCUUGGUCCAAAUUUUAUAGCGCUUUUCAGGUUAAACAUAUGCAGUAUCAAAGGGAAUGUCUCUUUUUAAAGCAGAGCCUUUUGCUUUUUAUUAUUUAGAAAAAUUAGAUUGUUUCAUUGUUGGUACUAUAAAAAAUUAGUCUGCAAAAGGUGGCACAGUGGUUAGCAUUGCAGCCUCCUGAGUCCAUCAUCUUGUGCUCAAAUGCUGUGCCUGAUCGUUACUUGUGUAGAGUUUAGAGUCCUACCUGUGUUUGUGUGGUUUUACAUUCAUAUAUUCCAGGUUGCCUUCCACAACCCCAAAGCUGUGCUUGUCAUUUCAUUUAGUGACUCGGUCCAAUGUGGGCAUGUGCAUGAGCAGACCAUGUGACGUACUGAAACGGUUUUGGUUUCUGCCUUGCAUCUGAUGCUGCUGAGGUAGGCUUCAGCCCCCUGUGACCAUAAUAGUAAUUUGAAACUCGGAGCAGUGGCCAAAAAUUGAAGACACUGUGGCAUUAAGUGGAAAACGAGGUAAAAUCCAACUGAUGUUGGAUUGUUUGUGUUUGUAGGCCAACUCUAUAAAAUUGUACACUGAGAGAACACAGUCCAAUAAGGCCUGGUAAUGAUACUCUAAUCCUUGAGUCAAGCAGAUGUUUUUUUUAGGGAUUGUUCAGAUCAGUUCCUAGCUGCUUCUUCAGAAUUACGUACCAAGAACCAGUUUGAAGAAUCCAGAAACAAAGCGCUAAAUUUAUUAUUAUGUGUAGAGAGUAUAAUGACAUUUUUAUUUCCGACCAACAUGUAAGAAAUUAAAUAAAUACAUUUGAUACAUAGCCGCAGAAAUAAAAAAAUGAGUGACCUAAUUAACCAUGAGGUUUUAAUAAAAGUGUGAAAGAGAAUAUUUUGGUGAUUUUAAUUAGAAGAAAAUCAGUGGAUUGCAUAACACCAAAGAAUUACUCUGAAACAAAAGGUCUUUACGGAGUUUAAAAAAAAAUAUAAAUAUGUCUCAUAACAAGAAGGGCAAGUAUCAACUUCAGUUUAUAACUGUGCAACACAAUACCCUGCUCCGUAAAUUCUGUCAUUUUUUAGUAUAAUCCCAUUUAAUGGUCAAUUCAUUUCUAAGAUGUGUCUGUUUUAAGUAAACAGCUUCCAGCUGUAUAAUAUUCAGUAAAAAAAUGUGGAAAAGGAAAAGAAUCAGCUAGAAAACAAUGGCUUUUGCUUCCUGUGAAGUACUCAGAUUACACUGCUAUUUUAAUGAGUAGUGUGGUGGUGGCAGACUAUAUGCACAUUAACUAAUGAAGCAGAUUUAUUUAGUUUAUAUUCGGUUUUCUUCAUACAGAUUGUUUCUGGUAUGUUGCUGAAUUUUGAGAUUUCGAAUAGAAAUUAGCAGGCUCCAGUUUUAUAAUAUGAUUCCCAAUGCACAUUUCGUAACUUAUUUUCUGUGAGCAGUUCUGAUACACUUUUGAAAAUUGAUAAUUGAUGUAAACAAGAUUAUUUUGUAUCUUUUAUUACAAAAUCUGCAUGUCAGAAUUUUAAAUUGACUCUAAUAACAGAGUGAAGCAAGAUGUUUGUAUUAAUUUCCUUCAAGUCAGAGAAUACAAUUUUUGAACUGCAAAUAUCCUUUUCCCAAUGCCGGUCUCCUUGUUUUUAUUCUAUUUCAGUUGUUAGUUCAAAGUAAAACAAGCAAACUACUGGAAUGCUUUUUAAAGUGUCUCAUGUACAAAACUGAGAAUAUUUGCUGUACUUUUAAAUAAUAAAAAUGGACUUUUGUUUUGUGA